AUGUCUCGUCCCGAAGAAAAUGGUAGCAUACAUUUUGUCGCCGACCAAGCAAAUUUGCAGGGACAGCAAAAUGCGUUCCAGCAUGACACAACAGCAGCAAUGGCCUCUGUACUCGAAUGUAUGACCUUGCAGCGUAGUACAUUCCACAUUCCGUGUUUUGAUGGGCGAAGCCCACCUUUAAAAGAAUUUUUGCAGGAUGUUGCGAAUGGAGCAGUCUUCAUUAAUGAACAAACUGAACCAGGUUUUAUUAAAGCCAUUUUAAGUAAGCUAAAGGGCGCAGCACGAGAAAGUGUCAGAGAUAAACAAUUUUUGACAACUCAGGAAUUGAUAAAUCACCUUACUAAAAGAUUUGCCACAUCGAAAAAGUACCAAUGGUAUUUAGAAAACAUCAUAAACAUUCGCCAGAAACAGUCAGAAACGGUCAGCGAUUAUCACGAUCGCCUACAGGGAUUAAUCAGUGGAGCGAAACACGCAUUGGACGCAAAAUAUCAACACAGGUACCGACAGGUAGAGGGCGCUGCCGUCCGUGUACAAGAAGAAGCUGAAAGCACCAUCAUGAUGCGACCUAUUAUCGAGUGUGCACUAGAAGCCUUUAUGAGAGGAUUGCCCGAAGAGAUGUCGAUCUUCGUUGACACCCGAAACCCCGCCAAUUUAGAAGAAGCUUUCGACCACGCCCUGCGCGCUGAAGAAAGGCAGGAAUAUGCAGAGAAAUCACGAAGUUCAUCUUACCGUAUCUCACGACGUGAUGAUCCCCCUCGCCCACCUAGUCCAUACUCACGCCAAAUGGACCAACCAAUUCAAGAAAGGUCGCGUCGAGAAACUGAACGGGAUCAUCACCCCCCUAAACAACAUAAAAAUUCGGUCAAUUACACGCUCCAAUUCACCCCAGAACAAUUAGCCACCUUUUAUCGGUCUUUGAUGCCAACUUUCGGGAAUGCUCAGCCGUGUAUGUCGUCAGCACAGCCAUCCCCUUCCCCUCAGCUAACGAACUAUCAACUACAUACAGCUCAGCAUCAAUCCAUGCCCUAUGCACCUCAAGCUAUGCAACAAUUUCAACAAACGAAUUAUCCUAGUAUCACCUGGUCCACAGAACGAUUUAAACUCACAGCAGACUCGACGCUCAGACGCGGCACCGAGUCCAAUACCCCAGCGUCAUCGGAGUGUUCAGUUCGGAGAAACUACGGUAAGGUCCUUCGAGCAGGAUCAACAGCCGAGGACUCCCCAGUAGUGGAACUUUCUGGACCAGAAUUUCGAAAAUCAAAAAUCCGAUUCUUUAUUGAUCCAGGCUCUGACUCUAAUAUUAUCAAAUUGUGCGCCCUAAAACCUGGUCUUACCAUCAACCCUUGUAAAUCCAUCGAAAUCAUAGGUAUCAAUAAACAUCCAGUCAUAACACUUGGUACCAUUGACCUUACAAUCUUGAAAUCCACGUUCGAAUUUCAUGUUGUAGAAGAUGACUUUCCGAUUUCAUCACAAGGGAUUCUAGGAAGACACUACAUCCGCAAGGAAAAGGCCCAGAUAUCAUUUUGGCAUAAUGCCCUAAUAAUAAUGUCCGACCCAACCAACCCUAUUCCUUUCGUGGAUAAAGAAUCACGCGCUGAAAAAGAACUUUUGAAACCACUUAUUAAACCCUUCAAAAGAGUGUUUCGAAUUCAUGCCAGGACGCGUAGUCCGAUUGCAAUCGACGUCAUCAAUCCUGACCUGCCUCAAGGUUACCUCCCACGGAUCAAAACUCCAGAAGGAGUAUUUAUUGGUGAAGCUGUUGUGAAUAGCAAGGAUGGUGUUUGUCAUGCCGUUGCAAUUAAUACCACCGAGAUGGACGUAGACUUCGAACUCACCCCCCAAGAAUUAAUACCUUUUGACUUCUGCGAAUUGCCUGGAGAAGAAUCUUCUGAGAUCGAAAAUGAAAAUUUUCCAAUUCCAACGAUUUCAUAUGCAGAACGCGUAAAAAGGGUAAAAGAGGCCCUUUUCGUAUCUCAUCUAACUCAGGAGGAGAAGAACCUUGUUUUUAAAUGGGCAGAAGACUACGCGGACAUUUUUCAUCUUAACGGAGAGCAGCUAUCCUGUACUCAUUUGAUCCAGCAUCGGAUCCCCACCAUCGAUGAUAAGGUGAUACAUAAGAAGCAGUACCGAUCACCAAAUGAGGCUCUUGAGCAAAUUGACGAACAACUACGUAAGCAGCUCGAUAGUGGAAUAAUAAGAAAUUCCACUUCUCCUUACAACGCUCCACUGCUGAUAGUGCCGAAGAAACUCGACGCAUCCGGAAAAAGGAAAUGGCGCGUAGUCAUAGAUUAUCGGGCCCUUAACGAAAAGGUAAUAGGAGACGCGUAUCCCCUCCCUAAUAUCACCGCCAUCUUUGAUAAGCUUGGGUCUGCGAGAUUCUUUACAGUCUUCGAUCUUGCAAGCGGAUUCCACCAAGUCGAAACGCACCCAGACGAUAGACACAAAACCGCUUUUUCGUCUCGAAAUGGGCAUUUCGAAUAUGAGCGCAUGCCCAUGGGAAUUAAAAACGCACCUCCAACAUUUCAGCGGCUUCUAAACAAUGUUCUUGGUGGAAUGCUCGAUUCAGAAGCAUUCGUGUAUCUAGAUGAUAUUAUUAUCUAUUCUGACACCCUUGAGGAACAUGACAAACGAGCGCGAAGAUUGUACAAUCGACUUCGAGACGCAAACCUCAAGCUCCAACCUGACAAAUGCGAAUUCAUGAAAAAGGAAGUUGCAUACCUUGGUCACAUAGUGGGAGAAGAAAUGUAGUGAAAUGUAGUGAAACCAAAUCCAGCGAAGAUUAAGGCCAUCAAACAUUUCCCCGUGCCAAAAACUCAGAAGGAAGUUAGAAGUUUUCUAGGUCUCUCAGGUUACUAUCGACGCUUUAUAAAAAAUUAUGCUAUGGUGGCGAAACCUUUGUCCGAUCUAUUGAAGAAAACGAAAGAGUGGAAGUGGAAAGACCAACAGCAGAGAAGUUUCAAAAAAACUCCGAAAAUAUCUGUGCAGAAGACCUAUUCUCCAAUAUCCAGAUUUUACGCAGCCCUUUAAACUC